AUGAAUGAUGUCAUUGCAGGAGAGAUCUCAAAGGAAGAGCGUUUGCGCUUUGGGCAUUUGAACAUGGUUGGAAUGGUGGGGAGCAUAGACAAUGACUUCUGUGGCACAGACAUGACAAUUGGUACAGACUCUGCUCUUCAUCGAAUCAUUGAGGCCAUUGAUGCUAUUGCUGCCACAGCUUACUCCCAUCGUAGAACAUUCAUCAUGGAAGUCAUGGGUCGACAUUGUGGGUACUUGGCUCUUGUAGCAGGCCUUGCUUCUGAAGCUGACUUCAUUUUCAUCCCUGAAUGGCCUCCUGAUGAAAACUGGCCUGAAGUCAUGUGCAAGAAACUCUCACAGGGGAGAGAGAUGGGGCAACGACUGAAUAUCAUCAUUGUUGCAGAAGGAGCAAUUGAUUCACAAGGCAACCCUAUUUCAUCUGAAGCAGUGAAGAAGGAAGUUGUGGUGCGCCUUCAAAUGGACACCCGCAUCACUGUCUUGGGACAUGUUCAACGUGGAGGAAGCCCCUCUGCCUUUGAUCGCAUCCUUGGAUGCAGGAUGGGUGCAGAAGCAGUGAUGGCCCUUUUUGAGAUGACUCCUGAAUCAGAGGCUGUUGUGGUAUCACUGGAUGGGAACCAGGCUGUUCGACUCCCACUUAUGGCCUGUGUGGAAAAAACAAAGCAGGUAGCCCAGGCCAUGAGAGAGAAACGCUGGGAAGAAGCUUGUGAACUUAGGGGAAGGAGUUUCACAAGGAAUCUGGAGACAUACAAGAUGUUGACGAGACUUCGCCCUCCCAAGUCUGUUCUGGCUGCUGGGGAUGCUGCUGGUGGUUUCACAAUGGCUGUAAUGCAUAUUGGUGCUCCAGCUUGUGGCAUGAAUGCUGCAGUUCGCUCCUUUGUGAGGAAUUGUAUCUACAGAGGUGACACAGUGUAUGGGAUUCAUGAUGGCGUUGAGGGACUCAUUGAAGGAAAUAUUCAAGAGCUACAUUGGGCAGAUGUCACAGGGUGGGUGGCUCAGGGUGGAGCUUUCCUUGGCACCAAACGCACUGUGGCAUCUGAGAAGUACCAUGAUCAAAUUGCAACCAAGCUCAGAGAGUUCAACGUACAAGGACUUCUUGUUGUUGGUGGCUUUGAGGCAUACCAAAGUGUUCUAAACUUGGCUGAUGCUCGUCCAAAGUACCAGGAGUUCUGCAUUCCAAUGAUCGUGAUCCCAGCAACCAUCAGUAACAAUGUCCCUGGCACAGAAUUCUCUCUUGGCUGUGACACUGCCCUCAAUGAAAUCACUGAGAUAUGUGAUCGUAUCCGGCAAUCGGCCCAAGGAACGAAGAGGCGAGUGUUUGUCAUUGAAACCAUGGGAGGCUAUUGUGGGUACCUUGCUACAUUAGCUGGUUUGGCAGGAGGAGCAGAUGCAGCCUACAUUUAUGAAGAGCCCUUCCACAUCAAGGAUCUUCAAGAAGAUGUGGCUCAUAUGGCAUCCAAAAUGGCUGAAGGUGUUCAACGUGGCCUCAUUCUUAGGAAUGAGUUUGCCAACAGCAACUAUACAACAGAGUUCCUGUACCACUUGUAUUCUGAGGAAGGGAAGCAUGUUUUCAGCACUCGAAUGAAUGUUCUUGGGCACAUGCAGCAAGGAGGAUGUCCAUCUCCUUUCGAUCGGAACAUGGGGACAAAGAUGGCAGCAAAGGCCACUGAAUGGAUGGUGAAGACAAUGCAGAGCUGCAGGAGGGAAGAUGGGACCAUCUUCACAGAAAGCCCCCAGUCUGCUGUUCUCUUUGGGGUUGUCAGGAGGAUGUACAAGUAUUCCUCUCUUCAGAGCCUCCGCUCCGAGACCAACUUUUCGCAUCGGAUUCCAAAGCACCAGUGGUGGCUGAAGUUACGUCCAUUGCUGAGGAUCCUUGCAAAACACCAUGCAACUUAUGAGGAGGAGGCAGAGAUCCUGGAAGAAGGGAGUCUCGAGGAUGAGAAUGCCAUCAUUUAAAUAGAUAGCUUCAAUGCUCUCUUUAAUCCAGGCAGACCCUGGAGAUGUAGUGAAUCCCAUUUGUUAGCAUUUCACACUCUUCUUCUGACAUCACCCUUCUUUUCCCCUGCAUUUCCCAAGAUGUGCAUCCAUGCUACCCUGGGUGGCAAUAGAUGCUUGUUCUCAUGAAUGAGUCUCCUCCCCUUGUAGUUAUGCCUUGCUGAAAGGAUGAUGGGGAAGUAUUUGGGAAUGUUUCCUACAUGUAGUCCUAAUCUUACAAUUUGAAUGGUGCAGAAGAGAGGGAGCAGGUCCUCAUUUUGCUGUAUCCAAUCAAACUAUUCAUCCUCCCCCCCUCCUUUUUUUUUGUUUGUUGAGUAUUUCUAGUAAAGGAAGUCCUGCUUUUCCCUUUAGUAUUUUUGAUGCAAGUGAAUGUCCAUAGGCAGGAGGGGAAGUCAGAUUAUGGAGAUGGGCAAAAGGCCUUGCCACAGUUUGAAAUUCAGUUGAUGGUUGAAUGGAUUUAAUUAAGGUUUGUUAUCCCCUUGGGGUAAGCACCAGGUGUUUCAAAUGUCGCUUCUGUUUAUGUGGCCAUGGAGAGCGUAUUGUUGAACCUAGAGGUAUCAAACUCUGUGGAUCAAUUAGACAAAGGGAAAGGCAAUGCACUCAUGUUCAUGAUAUUGCAGGAAAGUGUUAAUAUAUAUUAAAUGAGGUUACCAUUAGUCAUAUAACCCUAAAGCUCAAAGUCUGCUGGGGUCAGGUCAGGUGAUCUUGCAGGCCAGAAUCAAAGUUAAAAAAUUCAGAGUCUCAAAGUGGUUCAAGGUGUCAGUUGAUCAUGUGGUCUGAAGAAAGUGGCCUAGAGAAUAUAUUUGGAUUUAAUUAAUUCAUUUGGUUCACUAUGUGGGGUGGAGCACCAUCUUGCAUGAAGACUGCUAAAUCAUUUUAUUGGCUUAUUGAAAACUGCUUCAGAUUUUGCAAUGAUGGCUUUUAUAUCCACACCCAUGUGGUGUCACUAUGAUGGGCAUUGCCUUCCUCAUGGUCAAAUUGGUCUGCCUGCCAAUUUUCACCACACUGUGGCCAACAAUAUGAGUGGUGUGGUCAUCUUAACAAUGAUAGUGACUUUUGAAAUGUCUAGUUUUUUUUGUUCUGUGAGAACAUGCACAGGAGAACAGGCUUGAUGGGUUCAAUUUGAUAGCUUGGUAGCCUUGAUUAUUGUUUUUCCUGAAACCAUUUUGUGUAUUCUCUUCUUAUUGAUAGUAGACUUUUCAUAGUUUGACUUCCUCUGCCACCUCUCACAUGUAGUUUGUGCCAGAAAUUGGCAUGCCAUGACCUUUAUGGGUGUCCAAGUUUUCUGCAUUGUUUGGCCUUCACUUGUGGCUCCAAGUCACCCUAAACUACUAGUUUGUACUAUUUUACCACAUCAGAGCUAUUGGAGUUAGGGGGUGAACUCAUCAAGGCAUAGAGUAACAGCUCUGCAGUUGUAGUCUCAAUAAUAUACACUCACUACUCUCAGUAGUAAAACUUUGCUUCAAGUAUUCAUGGGUAAUUGGGAAAUUGUAGGAUUCUGUUACAUUCUAGAGGUCAGGCUGAAUCAGGAAAAGUGGCCAAUAGAUCCUCAUUCUCAGUGUUUGGCUGUUCAAAUCAGCUGAGUUUCAAUUGGGAUGAAAGAGUGAUGCAAAAAAGAUGCAGCCAUAGAGAAAAUAGCCACUCCCAAGUGACCCUUAUGUAGAACCCUAUAUAAAUGCUUUUCAAGAAGAAAGACUACGCUUCCAGUUUGAAAUACUAGAUCCAAGUUGUAGUAUGGUGGAGUUCUGAGAUAAGUAGAGUAUUGGUGUAAAUUUUUUUUGUAAUUCAAACUGGAACUGUUCUGCAAAUAGGAAGGGGAAAUGUUGCAUGAAAGUAUUGACUCCUCAGAAUCUCAACAAAAGACAACUCAUUUCACGUUCUAGUCUGUUUGGGUUAGACUCCCAAUCAUGUGAUUGUCUCUCUUUAGAGCCAGGGAUUGUUGAGUUUCCCGUUUUGUUGUGUGGGAGGUUUUUUUUCCCCACAUUCCCUUUCAUUCUAUUAUUUUGGUUCCCUAUAGCUAGUCAGUUAUGCUGUGAACAAGGGCUUCGAAGUGGAAGAAAUAUCUGACCUGCCUUGCUUCAAAAUGAAAAGAAUGCUGUAUUUCAAAAGCAUUCUUUAUAGUGGGAAGUAGUAAACAUGAUGUGAUAAUUAUGAUUCAGCUGAGUUGUAUAAUAGCCACCCUUGACUGUGGGUGAUUGCAUAGAAAUUUGUCGCUGGAUAGAUAGUCUCAUGACUGAAUCCAUGUGCAAUGAAAUGUACUACUUCAUUUUUAUUAUUGUAAAACUUUUGAAAAAAGGAAUUUUUAUUCCAAAUCCAUAUUAUCAACUGUGGAGCAGCAGAGAAUCUGAUAGCCACACAGAUAUAAUUUCAGUUUCCUGUCUGCAUGUUCAUCUUGUCAUCAGUUCCAGUUCUGCAUCUAGUUUUGGAUUUUUCAAGUAUUCUUGCCGUUCGAAGCCCUGGUUGUAAAUCUUUGAAUCUAGGAAUCUCAUGUUGUGAUAACUGUGCAUUGGCUUGUCUUGUGUUGUUUCUCUCGGUCACUCUUCCCUCCAACCCUUCCCUUCUCCCAUCGUCUUGUGACUCUCAUCAAUAAACAUUUCUCUUGUCAAUCUCA